AGAAACAGGAAGUGACGUCAUUGAUAAGUACCUCUGUGACCGUCGAUCUUCCGCCUAGCAGCCAAGCGGACGGAGUGUAAAUCGCUCUGUGGAUUUCCCCACACAAAAAACACUCCUGGUUGUCAACUCGAGCAGAAGCGACAUUUCUCUGAGAGUCUUUUCUACUGCACAGAUCGGCCUGUAACCAGCUUUCCAAAUGAGUGACGGGGAGUGUGACUUCUUCUGCUUCUUCCGCUGCUGCUGAGCGCGCUCUCUACGCGCCUCAGGCAGACAGGAAGGCAGCGUGUCUCUGACCAGUGACACAAGCAGGUGGAAAGGGGCGCUGGGGAGAAACGGAGGUGGAGCUUCAAACGAGCCAUUUCAGCCAAUUGGACCACUUGGAUCCGACAGGUAGGCGGGCCGUCUACCUGUCCGGGUGGUUGAUUCAAUCGACUGGAUGUCUGUGGACAUGAACAGCCAGGCGUCGGACAGCAACGAGGAAGACUUCGGGGUGAACUCUGAAGAAGAGGAAGAUGAGGACGAUGGGGGAGAAGAGGAGGAUCAGGGCGACAUUGCAGGCUACUAUGAGGGCGUGGCCAGCGACGUGGAGCAACAGGGCGCUGACUCCUUUGACCCAGAGGAGUACUUGUUCACCUGUCUGACCUACAAAGAGAGUCAGAGGGUGUUGAUAGAGGAGGUCAACACUGUGGCUACUGCACUGAAGGUUUUACCAGCAGUAGCAAAACUGAUCCUGGUGCAUCUUCACUGGCAGGUUUCAAAAAUACUGGACAGAUAUAAGUCCAAUUCUUCUCUGCUGUUGUCUGAUGCUCUGGUCCAGCCCAGCAGCACCUGCAGAUCAGUCACUGCCCCUCAGUCCCUCCAGUGUGGUGUGUGUCUACAGGUGGUACGGAGAGACUCCCUGCUGGCACUGCCCUGCCAGCACUCCUUCUGCAAAGCAUGCUGGGAGCAGCACUGCACUGUCCUGGUCAAAGAUGGCCUGGGAGUGGGUAUCUCGUGUAUGGCUCAGGACUGUUCCCUGCAGAUGCCAGAAGACUUUGUCCUGCCGCUGCUGCCAGGAGAGGAGCUAAAGGACAAAUACAGACGCUACCUCUUCAGAGACUACGUUGAGAGUCACUUCCAGUUGCAGUUGUGUCCAGGUGCAGACUGUCCCAUUGUCAUUAAGGUGCAGGAGCCCCGGGCGCGCAGGGUGCAGUGUAGCCGCUGCAGUGAAGUCUUCUGUUUUAAAUGCCGUCAGAUGUACCAUGCACCAACAGACUGCGCAACAAUUCGGAAAUGGCUGACCAAAUGUGCAGAUGACUCGGAGACGGCUAACUACAUCAGCGCACACACUAAAGAUUGUCCUAAGUGCAAUAUCUGCAUUGAGAAAAACGGAGGGUGCAAUCACAUGCAAUGCUCCAAGUGCAAACACGACUUCUGCUGGAUGUGUCUCGGUGACUGGAAGACUCACGGCAGUGAAUACUACGAGUGCAGCCGCUACAAAGAAAACCCAGAUAUAGUCAACCAGAGCCAGCAGGCUCAGGCCAGAGAGGCCCUCAAAAAAUACCUCUUCUACUUUGAGAGGUGGGAGAAUCACAACAAGUCUCUGCAGUUGGAGGCUCAGACGUACCAGAGGAUCCAGGAGAAGAUCCAGGAGCGAGUGAUGAACAACCUGGGGACCUGGAUCGACUGGCAGUACCUGCAUAAUGCUGCAAAGCUACUGGCUAAGUGUCGCUACACACUUCAGUAUACGUACCCUUAUGCCUAUUACAUGGAGUCCGGCCCACGCAAGAAACUGUUUGAGUACCAGCAGGCCCAGCUGGAAGCAGAAAUAGAAAACUUGUCGUGGAAGGUGGAGCGGGCCGACAGCUACGAGAGGGGAGUGGUGGGAGGCGAGGGGGAGCUCAGUGCCAGUGACAGAGGGGACCUGGAGAAUCAGAUGCACAUUGCUGAGCAGAGGCGACGCACGCUGCUGAAGGAUUUCCAUGACACCUGAGGCUCCAUCGCAACUGCAAAGCACCAGCAUCUCCCUCCUUACUUCCUUCCUUUUCUUUCUCACCUUCUACCUUUGCUUCCUACCAUGACCAUCCCCUCGGUGCAGUCAUACUGACCCUCAUUUUGCUUCUCUACACUCACUUAUUCGCAUCUUUCUUUGUCUUUCCCUCCUCUCACUCCCACAAUGCUGCAGGGUCACAGAAUGGCACGAUUGUAUCUCCCCUUACUCUUUUUAUCCCCAUCCUCACCUCAUGUACAUGUUUUGGCUCCAGAGCAUCACAUUCACGGUGGUUACACUUGUUACAGCUUUUCAGAUCUGAUCAUAAAGGUCAAACUUUGAGGUCUAGUUAUGUGUAAGUGGGAAUGCUUUGAUUCCACAUUUAGCAUUUAGACACUGACACAAACAGCUAAAGCUGCUGUUGGAGAGCUGUUAUUCUCCAACACUAUUCCUGUGAUACUGGAAUAAUGAGAGAGAAAAGGUGAAAUGAUGAAGAAGCUUUUGUUGUUAUACAGACAAGGCAGAUGGGGGGAAAGGGUGAAAUUUUUAUUUAAGGGGACUUUGCUAAUUGUGGAUCUGUAUUUGGUGGUUUCACAUAGACCAUAAUGAUUUUCUGGCAGUUGUACCUGUCGUACUUACUGGAUAAAACAUGCAAAGUUGAUUUUCUGAACGCAUUUCAGUUACCUCUAAGCUGCAAAAGAUUGAUUAAAAUAAAUAAAUAAGAAAUUGAGUACAGCGAUGACGAUGGACUAAUUGUCAGCUGGUGUAGUGUGAUGCUUCUAGAUAAAACGUGUCACUGCCCUGGCUUUAAUUUUGAACAAACUUUAUGAUCAACCAGGACACGUGGAACUUCAUAGGCCAAUGAGGAAUUCUCAAUGGCAGAUUACGGAGAUCUUUUUAUUUUGAUACUCUGCCAUAAACAUGUAUAUGGUGUGUUUACUGUGAAAAAAUGGUGACUCACAGUCCCACAUACUCCUUGAAAUAAACAAAAUACAGUAUUUUCCUACCUAUGAUGCAUGUUCAUGUAAACAAAGUACUAAAGAAUAAGAUGAAUGUGUGUUUAAAUGACAACUUUUUUAGAUUUUGUUGCCAGUGAUGCACAGUAAACACACCUUCUCUCUCUGUUUGUUCGAGUAUCUAACCUGAUCUACUACAGCUACUACUGCCAGCAAAUAGUUCCGAGUCAUUGUGGGCGAAGUAAUACUACCGAAUCACGAAUCCCGUUCGCGUCUCUUUACAUUCUCAUACUGAUGUUGUUGCUUGAUUGUGUUCAACUAGUGUAGAUCCAAACCAGUGUGAGCCAGAACUUCUCCAUAAAAAAAAUCUAACAUUUGCACCUCCACUGAUCAGAUGAUGAAGUGAAGUGUAAUCUCAGACGUUCAUGCACACGACAGCACACACCCAUCGACACAUACCAUGCACACAUUGACACACUCAUGCUGAAACACUCCGCUGCAGAAAAUAACUGCUAACUAAUUUGUCUCCUUCCCCCCAUCUCGUGCGCUCUUCUUUCUUUCCAUUCAUCCCCUCACUUUGUUUUGCUCUUUAUUUUCUUUUUUCUUCCUGCUCACAUUGUUCACUUUUCUUCUGGAAAAUGGCUGUUGAUAGAUAGAUCGUUUAAAAAAAAUGCGAAAAAAGAGAAAAAAAUACAAAAAAAUUGUUGUAAUUUUCAACGGUUGUACAUUAAUACAGAAAUAGAGUUACUGAGAGUUUUUAAAACCGGA